AUCACCAGACACCUUUUCAUAAGAGUAGAUGCCUGCGAUAUAACUCUUUCUUGGAAGCAACUUGAAGAGAUUCUAGUCUGGAGCUCCAGGAGAAAUGAUCUGGAAAAGUUUAUUUUUCAUCUUUUACUUUUCCCAGACAAUCUUUUGUCUGAAUGAAAUCCGAUGGUGUACAGUCUCUGACAAAGAGAAGAAAAAAUGUGACAACAUGAAAGAAACCUUUGCUAAAGCAAAAAUUGUCCCUUCUUUGUCCUGUGUUGAAGGAACUUCACCAUUAAACUGUAUAAAACUUGUGAAGGAUAAUAAGGCAGAUGCAGUUAGUGUCAGUGGCAUCCUGACGUAUAAAGCUGGCAGGUGGUACAACCUAAAGCCAGUGGUUGGAGAAGUAUAUGAUCAAGGUGCAGGGACUUCAUAUUAUGCUGUGGCUGUUGUCAGGAAGAAUUCCAAUAUCACCAUAAAUAGUCUGGAAGGCACCAAGUCUUGUCACACUGGUUAUGAGAAGACUUCAGGAUGGAACGUGCCAAUUGGGUAUCUCCUUGAUAGUGGACGCAUGUCUGCUGUGGGCUGUGACAUACCAAAAGGAGUAAGUCAGUUCUUUUCCAAAAGUUGUGUACCUGGAGCUGAAAACUUAAACGCCUCUCUCUGUGAUCUGUGCAAAGGAAACGUCAGUAGUGUAAAUCAGUGUGGGAAGGAUAUGUACCAGGACUAUAAUGAAGCCUUUAGGUGUCUUGUGGAUGAAGGGGAUGUGGCUUUUGUAAAGCACAGCACAGUCCUGGACAAUUCAGAUGGAAAAAAUUCUGAUUCUUGGGCAAAGGAUAUCCUGUCCUCAGAUUAUCAGCUGCUGUGCCGGGAUGGGACCCAUGCAGAGGUCACUGAAUGGAAAAGGUGCAACCUGGCCCGGGUACCGGCUAAUGCUGUGGUAGUCAGAUCUGACAUGGAUGGAUCGCUUAUUUACAAGAUGCUACAUGAAGGACGGCAAACACAAAACUCCAGCUUCAAGAUGUUUGACUCUGCUGCUUACGAAGGCAACAACUUACUGUUCAGAGACGCUACAACAGAGCUCAGGCUGAUCUCUAACCAGACUUAUCAGUCCUGGCUCGGAGAUGAGUUUCUUCAAGCAAUGACAGGAAUAGACUGUGACCGUGACAAGUUACCAAAGUCCCUGCGUUGGUGCAGCUUUAGUACAGAAGAAAUCUGGAAAUGUGGAGAUAUGGCCAUAGCAUUCAAAAACAAGACGCUGUCUCCACCAAUUCAGUGUGUCUCUGCUUUGAGCCGUGAAGAUUGCAUGAAACUGAUUCAGCAAAAAGAAGCUGAUGCCGUAACACUGGAUGGAGAGGACAUUUAUAGAGCUGGAAAAACAUAUCAGCUCGUGCCAGCUGCUGCAGAGAGUUAUGCAAAUGACGUGUCUGACAACUACUAUGCAGUGGCUGUGGUUAAAAAGACGACUCAGGAUUCCUUUACCUUUCAUGAACUGAAGGGCAGAAAGUCCUGUCACUCAGAGUAUAUGCAAUCAGCUGGAUGGAAUAUCCCAAUCGGUCUGCUGACUAGGAAGGGUCUGAUCAGACCAGAAGGCUGUAACAUUGCCAGAGCGGUCAGUGAAUUUUUCUCUGAGAGUUGUGUGCCAGGGGCAAACGAAAAGGAGUCCUCAUCCAAACUAUGCCAACUCUGUAAUGGUGAUGGAUCUGGAAGUAGCAAAUGUCAAAAUAACAGCAAGGAACAAUACUAUGGAGAUUCGGGAGCUUUUAGGUGCCUGGUUGAAAAAGGAGACGUGGCAUUUGUGAAGCAUAGCACGGUGUUUGAAAACUCUGAUGGAAAUAAUAUUAAAGACGAAUGGGCAAAGGAUUUAAAAUCUUCUAAUUUCCAGUUGCUGUGUCCAAAUGGUGCUAGGGCAGAGGUUACUCAAUAUGCAGAUUGUAACUGGGCCCAGGUCCCUGCACAUGCAGUUAUGGUUCAUCCAGAGAUGAAUAUGCAUACAUUGUUUGGCCUUUUGGAUAAGGCUCAGGAAUAUUAUGGGAGAAACAAAAGUUCUGUAUUUCAAAUGUUUGACUCUUCGAAAUAUAAUAAAAAAGAUCUGAUCUUUAAGGACUCUACCGAUAAGAUUGUCCCUGUGAAUGAGAAGAAAUCAUAUGAUCAGCUGCUAGGUAGAAAUUACAUUGAAUCUAUAGAGGGUUUUCAGUGCACAUCUAGUGCAGCUAUAACUCCAGUGAACACUGCCUUAUUGCUAAUUAGCAACAUCUUACUAAUUAAGUUUUGUGCAUAAUUACCAACUACUGAGUCUUCAAGAUGCCUUUGGAAAUUACAGUGCUAUAAACAUGGUUAUUUUGUUCUGCUGAAGACAUAAAAGUCUAUAAAUGAUGAAUGUAUCUGUAUUCCAUGCAUACCUGUCUUGUGAACAAUCCUGGUCAUCACACAUAAUUCAUAUUAACCCGUUUAUUAAAGAGAAAUUGCCAAUUCAAUAUUUAUUAUGUUAGCAUCACUAUUCAGCAGGUAUAUGUUUAUCUAUAUAAAUGCAUGUAUAUCUUCAACACCUUCAAAUGAUAUAGCAGUGGCAGUACUUUUGUUUGUUAGUGUUCCUUAAGUGAUUUUUUUUAGGUAUGUAAUUACUGGGGUCAUGUCAGUGGGAGGCUGCAAGCUGGAAUUACCACCAGUAUUAAAAAUGAAUGAGGAGCUGAUUUUAAUGGAGAUACUGGUAAGCCACCUCUCCAUUCAAAUAAAUCAAAUUACAGAAAUAAGAAUAAUUACUUUUUUCUUAAUAGUAUGGUGGUUUCACAUCUGGUACAUUUUUAUUCCAUGGAUCUGACCACCACGAAUCCACUGCAAAAUCAGCAUGGUACAAUGUUGAGGCAGAUUUGCAUGAAGCCACAUCCGUGGUGAAAAAAUGUACCAUAUAUGAAUCCACCUUUAAAGAGCAUAUUAA